UUUGGACACACAUCCCAAUUUAUAUAAUUACAUUUGAUGCAAAUUCUAAACCUUUUUCUUCUGCAGCCGCAACUCACUCCUUCUUUAGGGUUUUUAGCUCUUCCAAUUUCUUUGGCCAACAUGGUUCUUCAAAAUGAUAUUGAUUUACUAAAUCCUCCCGCUGAGAUUGAGAAGAGGAAACACAAACUGAAGCGUCUUGUUCAGUCCCCAAAUUCUUUCUUCAUGGAUGUUAAGUGUCAGGGUUGCUUUAACAUAACGACUGUGUUUAGUCACUCCCAGACUGUUGUUGUAUGUGGGAACUGCCAGACUGUGUUGUGCCAGCCAACUGGUGGACGGGCAAGAUUAACUGAGGGAUGCUCUUUUAGGAAGAAGGGAGAUUGAAAGUUGUUAUCUUUUUUUCUUGUUUGAGUGUAGAGUUUCAGAAAUGCCUUCUCUGGUUUUGUUUAUGAUAUAUUAAUUGUUAGAAUGGAUGACUUCAACCCUCAACAUUAUCCAGACAUUAAGGAUUACACCUAAUUUUUCAAUUCUCUUUUUCUCCUGUUUUGUUCACGGGGCUAUGUUAGAUGCUUAUUUUUCAAUUAGAGCUUGAACUAUGGAAUAUCUCGGUGUAUUUCUCUUCAAUAUGUGGUAGAUGUUCUGUAUGAAUUUAUUGGGGAGCUUUUUAGUUGUGUGAA